AUGUCCACCAUGUCCUCCAAGGACCGUGACGUCGAGGUCGCCGACGCCGACCGGUCACCGCGCGAAAAGCCCAGACGCUCCAAGUCGGAGCGAAAAGAUCGCAAGGAGCGCAAGGAGCGCGACCGAGACCGUGACCGAGAACGAGACAAGGACUACGACCGCGAGCGACGCCGCCACCGCACUUCGCGCUCUUCCAGGAGCAAGCUGAGCGAAGUAGGCAGCGAUACCAUCUCCCACACCUCCAGCCGCCGACACCGACAUCGCAGGGACAGGGACCACGAUGAUCACCACCAUCACCACCACCGCGAUCGUGCCGCCUCGACGAGUGACUUGGCCAGCUCGGACAUGGCUAGAACCUCGACAGCUGCCACUUCUAUCCUCUCGGAGCGCAUAUCGAGGCCUUACCACAGUUUCAGCAAGGCACACAGCAAGGAGGCAAUCGUUAGUCGCGAUUCUCUAGCCAUUCCUCGUUACCCAAGCCCAAGCCCCAGUCCUUCUCCUGAACCAGCCGAACCUGGUGCCAGUAGCGACGCUGCGGAUGCUGAGGCGCCUGAAUCUCCAAAGUCGCCAGUAUCAACCGGCAAGGCAGAUUCGCCUCCCAGCCCACCCCGGACAGAUCUUGAUGGUGACAAGAAACCCGAAGAAGACACAGUGAAGAAAGAGAUACCAGAGGAGGAACCUCCAGUAGAAGAAGCCCCAGAAGAGACUCCGGGGACAGACACGCCCAAGGUCGAAAUGCCAAGGGUCGAUACACCAACAGAAGAUAUUCCUGCCGAAGAGGAUGGUCUACAUCGCUCGAAAUCGAGAUCCUCAACCCUUUCCCGGUCAGCCUCACGCAACGAGGAACGCUCCCGAGUUAGUCGCCGAUCUGCAUCCUCGAGCCAAGCUACUUAUGUCAAAUCUUCCGCUAUCCGCUCCCGAGACAAGCUCCGACCUGAAUCGAGGACUUCCAGCUCAUCUCGCCCCUCAGCCAAGCGGACAUCGUCAACCCGAAGCGUCAAGAGACCCGAGGUGGAAGGAGCCGAGUCCUCGCCCUCGAGUGCUCAAGACUCAUCUCCCAAGACGCCCACUCAGACACCCUUCCCUAGCGUCUAUCCCGAAACUAAAUCUGGCACACCCUCCGUCAUUGACGUCCAAGAUAUUGGUUCAAGCUUGCACUCGAAAACGGCGACUCCGGCAUCUGCUUUCGCGGCACCUCCUCCACCACCUCCUCCGCCUGGUCUGGACAUCCAGGAUGUCCCACGUGUCGACUACCUCCUCCAAAAUGGUGGCCUUGCUUAUCCCGCCCCAAAGAAUUUCUUGUCUGUGCUACCUCGACAAAACGGAACCCGACCAUCCAACCCUCCUCUGGCCGGCGCUGAUACCCUAUUCGCUCCGUUCUUUAACCUUUUGGAGCAGUACAACACCGUCCUCAACAAGCAGGGAUCAAUUGCUGUUGCCACGGGGCACCGAUCUGUUGCCCGUAGACUCCUGGACCGCCUGGAGAAUGUCUUUUCCCGGGAUCUGCCCCCUCAUGGCUGCACUUGUAUCAUGUGUGACAACUCACACGAGAUUCACCAGGGCCUGAACUGGGGUGAUGUCCUGGAGUGGGUGAGUGGACGCAUCGAGCUCCCGCAGUGGCCUCCGUUCGACCUUGCCGAGAUUGGAACCAAAGCGGCCGAGAUCUCUGCCGAUGUCCCCCCUCGACCUGCAUCUCCUGUGAAGCUCGACCCCGAUAUCGCAGAGGAAUUCAGAGAGCACUACCUCCGGCAGUCGAAGAAGGUCCGAUCUGCUGUGGACCGAUGGCUAUCCAACACAGGAGAGACACCGGUGCCACCACCUCAGGAAGUAGACGAUGAGACGCUCUCUUUCGCCAUUCUCACAAAUCUUGAUCCCGAGGAUCGCCCAUACUUCAAUGCUCUCAUGACAGGAUCGAAGGAGCUGCGGUCACCUGUCCGCGCACCUACUCCUGGCCAUCGACCUCGCACUGAUUUCCUCAUCAAGACUGGUCUUGCGUUGCAACGCCUGUACCGAUUGCCUCAGGUCCCUCGUGAUGCUGAGUCGGCCACAUAUCUCAUCAAGAACUCACACACUCACGAUCUACUUGUCGCCCUCUCAAACAUCAACAACUCGGAAUGGGAAAUUCUCAUCUCGGGACGGUUCGAUGGCUUCCUCUGGUCCGGCGCUGACGACGACACGCUGCACACACCAAACCCCGAGUCACGAGGUCCUACUCCCGCUGGCGGAUACUAUCACACACGCACCAUGAGCCCUGGCCCCCGAGCUUCAUCUGUGUAUAGCUCCAGAAACACAACACCCUUCUCCGUCUACUCGCGAGGUACUACACCAGCCUCGUUUGUAAGCCUCUCAUCCUCAGGGGCGCCAUCUGGCCGACAGCCAGUCUCUAACGAUGAAGAGAUGGAGAUGGCAGUCAUCGCAGAGAUUGAGCGAGAUAUAUACAAGGGAAUGGAGCAGCUAGAGGAUGCCUUUGAGAAGCUGCACCACCGAGCAGAGCUGGUUCGAACAGCACUGCGUCAGCGAGGUGCGGGAUUGAUGCAGAACCUCCAGAACCGCCGACGCAUCGACAUUCUAUCAGGACCCAGCUCCGGCAACUCGCAAACAUCGGGCUAUGAACGUCCACCAUGGGCUGAAAGCGACCGUGACCCAGGCAGCGAUGACGACUGGGCAUUUGACGAGGCCGAUAUCAUGCCCGACGAUUCGGCCAGCAACAUCAGCAGCUCGCGACACCGGCGACCUAAGAGGCGCACGGAGCGACGCACACCUGCCCCGAUCGACGAGGAGGAUGAAGGUUGA